AAAAUUUUAUCUCCAUCAAUCAGUGACAAAUAUGUAAUCCGUAUUCCCCUCCCUCCGGCCAGCCACGGGCACGGGGCCAUUAUAAAAUCCGAGCCCAAACCCUUUCCUCUGUGCUUCGGCUAUACACUCUUCAUCACCAUCAUCAGACACAGAGAGAGAGAGAGAGCGGCGUGGUGCAGGGCGUCUGACAAAGAAGACGAAGCGGCCUGUCCUCUCCCUUUCUUUCUUGCUUGAGCCUUCACCUUCAGUACCCUAUUCAGACAGAGAGAACAGAAAGAGGAGAGCAGGCACGUACGUUUUUAUCUUCUCUCUGUUCUGUUCUGUUCUGUUCUGUCCUGUCCUGUUCUGUUUCUCUUGGGAUUCCCGCACGUUAAAAACAGUCAACUCCCUACAGGCUCACCCCCGCCCACGCCUCCCUCUCGCUCUGCCUCACUCUGUUCUGUUCCUUCAGUGCAGUGCAGUUGAAAACCCGGGCAAGGAUUAAAGAGACUGAUUCAGUCACGGUCCGGGGAGGAGUGAAAGCAGAGGAUUCGAUUGGUUUAAACAUGCUGCAGACGGUGAGGUACCUAAUCGGCACGGCGGGGCCGAGCGGCUAUGGCUCCAAGUCCGCCGCCGAAGAGGUCACCGAGAGCUGCCCCGACCUCCGCUCCGUCACCGCCAUCAUCACCGGUGCGACGUCAGGGAUCGGAGCCGAAGUGGCUCGGGUGUUGGCGAAGCGAGGGGCCAGGCUGGUGCUCCCGGCCCGGAAUCUGAAGGCGGCCGAGGAAGCCCGUGCCCGUAUAGUGGCAGAGUUUCCUGACUCGGAGAUCCUCGUCAUGGCUCUCGACCUCAGCUCCCUCAGCUCCGUGAGGAAGUUUGCGUCCGAGUUCGAGUCCCUCAACUUGCCCCUCAACCUCCUCAUAAAUAAUGCUGGUAAGUUCACUCACAACCAUGCAAUAUCCGAAGACGGGAUCGAGAUGACCUUCGCCACUAAUUACUUAGGUCAUUUCCUCUUGACGAAGCUGCUAGUGAACAAGAUGGCUGAAACAGCAAGCGCCACCGGCAUCCAGGGCCGGAUAGUGAACGUUACAUCGGGGAUCCAUGGCUGGGUCUCUGGCGACAUAAUCCAAAAUCUUGGGGUCAUAACCCGAAACAAGCGUCAGUACGACGCGACACGUGCCUAUGCGCUCUCGAAGCUCUGCAACGUCUUGCACACCAAAGAGCUCGCUUACAGGCUCAAGGACAUGGGGGCAAAUGUGACAGCAAAUUGCGUACAUCCGGGCGUAGUGAGGACUCGGCUUACCCGAGAGCGAGAAGGCUUCAUCACGGAUCUUGUGUUUUUAUUGGCUUCCAAGCUUCUGAAGACGAUCCCUCAGGCUGCUGCCACUACAUGUUACGCUGCGGUUCAUCCGAGGCUGUUGAAUGUAUCGGGGAAGUAUUUCGUAGACUGCAACGAGGCUACUCCGUCAAAACAAGCCAUGAACUUGACCGAAGCCGCAAGGAUCUGGGUCUUCUCCGACACCGUAGUUUCUUCCAAGGACCCGAAAGCUGCUUUGGAAAAUUAUCUGUCAUCGAUUAAUUAGAUUAAUUAGAAUAAAUAAUUUUCGAUUUUCAUUCAAAUAGGUCAUGAUAUAAGGAAAUAGUUAAAAAUCAUAUAGAGAGCUGGAAAAAUGUGUAUGAAGUGUAGAGGUGUAUAGAUUUUAAUUAUAGGGAGGAGCUGGCUAGAGCCAGAGGGAGAUCUUUACAUAUGUAUAUGUGUAUGUAUGUGAUUAAGGUGUAAUGGGUUGGUUAUUAGUUGGGACAAGGGGAGGCAACUUCCUAGGGAGUUGUUUAAUUAAUUAAUGGAUUAAUGAUUUUGGGCUGAACAAGGUUUUAGAUUUUCCAUGGACUAAGUUUUGUUAUGAUGAUACAAUGAUUAAACAUUAAUAUUAUAUUAUACACUCUGUGGA